AUGGCCGAUUCGGUCGUCAUCUCUCCUGUCGACGGACUCCCUCGCCCUGCGUACCCCUCCUUGGCUCGCGACAUCUGCAUCGAGCUCUGGAUCGACCAAGAAGGUUUCCGUGCCAUCCGCCCGAAGUUCCACCUCGCUGGGUACACCAACCCCGCCCUCCUAGACAGCCCAUCCGCCUCGCCCCGGUCCCUGACUGAUGUCUUGACUCAAGGCCUCGUCCAGCUCCACCCCGUCGGGCUCGAAACCUCGACCUACCACCACGGCGCGCUCGACGGCGUCCCGACCCUCCGCCGGCUCACGCUCGCCGACCGCGAGGACAAGGACUACAUCUCCCGCCAGGCCCGCCUCUCCGUCCGCGCCAACGGCGUCUACGUAGUCUCGGGGGCAGAGCCUUUCGACCUCCCCUUCGUCCCCACCUCCGCGCGCCCGACCCUGGUCUGGCGCUUCGACUUCGCGUGCGCGCCGGGGCUGCUGCACCCCGCGCGCGGGACGCCGAUCGGGCUCCUCGCCGUGCUCCGCAAGCGCAUCGCGCCCAAGCUCGCCGCCGCGCCCCUCGCCCCGCACGCCGCCCGCACGCGCCGGCGGGAGCGCGACGCGGUCGCGUGGCCGUCGGCGUCGUCCGGCGCGGGCGUGCUCAAGGCGGCCGCGCUCGGGCUUCAAGGACACCGGCGCGUGCGGUCAAGCGAGCCGGCGGGCUCGGGGUCUCUAGGGGCGCCGCCGGCGACGACGAGGGCGAGCAGCGACGGGGGCGCGUGUGGUGCCGAGGAGACGAUGCGAUCCUCCGUCUCGUUUACGUACACCACCUCCUUCCUCCCCGUGGCCGGGCCCGUCCCUUCUGCGAGCACCGUCGCCAGGUCGGACACCGUGGCGUCGAAGCGGGGUUCGCGGCAGAUCAUUACGCGGGAGGAGCUCGCUGCGAUCCUCGCCUCGUUCCCGAGCCCGAAGGACGGUGGGGAGAAGCAGGUGGGAGUCGAUGGCUCGGUGCCCACCGCGCUGAGUCCGCCGAGCUACUAUAAACACCGCCGCACGCAGUCGGAGACGUUGGUGGCGAACGAGAUGGGUGUGAUGGUUUGA